UGGUACUCGGGCUGGAAAGAGCAAGAGAAAGCCAGGCAGAGGUGAACACGUCGCCGCGGAAAUACAAAGACAACCGACACAGGGUUGAUUGAUUCCGUCCAACAGCAGACCUGCCGCACAGCGUUGCCAGACGCAUCUGUUCGGCAACUCCCACGGAGUUUUUUUGGGCGGAGGGGGGGAGUAGGGGCGGCAGGAACGACGGGUGGGAGAGGACGAUGCCGGAGCCGAGAGUGCCACGAUUCAGGGUGCCCGCGGCAUUGGUGUCGCCCGCAUCGCUGUUUCUCGUCGGCGGCAUCGUGUACUACUUUUCCUUGGACAAGCCUUCCGAAGACGAGCUCAACAGCAACAUUGGCAAGGAGUUUCCCGACGUGGUUCGUGGCCGCCAUGAAGUGGACGACCGAAUGAAGGAAUUCUUCAAACGGGUCAACAACAACGACCCCAGAGAGGAGGAGCGCAUGCGAGACCUCCUCAACAAGGGGAAAGGGUCCCACUACAGCGCCAAGCGUCGGCACGCCACGACCAAGGACAUCGAGGAGUUCGGCUUCAUCUCCAAGCCUGCCGGCACGUCCUCCUCUCAGACGGCACCGGCGGCGACAACGACAACGACAACAACAAUCGCCCCGUUGGCCGAGAACAAGCGACCACCAGGUUGGGGGUCGAAGACCAUCCCGUCGCAGAAGCCGGCGGUUGAGGAGGAGGGGGGGACGCCCAGACGACGAUGGUGGAGAUUCUGGUGAUAGCACCAACGAACAGAACGAUCGCUAUUUAUCGUGGUGUAUGCGCCACGGCUGAUUUUUCCCCAAAUGAAUCGAGUUUCAAGUUUCUCGACGAGAGGCUAGUGCGCGUCCUGCCCCGGUGCAGGGAGGGUCACGCGCGGUUGCCGCCAAGAGACGAAUACGGCUCGGGAUUUCAUCAGCAGAGAGGAAAUCAUGGUCUGGGAUUUCGUGAGCAGAGAGGAAAUCACAGUCACGUCGCGCUGGGGGGAUUGCCCCGAACUGACGGUGGGUCUAUAUUUCGUGGUGUAUUCGUACAUGGUCUGAACCAACUUAGCGUGUGUGUGGAAUUGUAAUCUGUGACGGGUUUUGAGGGUCGCCGGUUCUCGCUCUCACGGCAACUCUUUUGGCGGGCGAUGCUGAGCGGCCUGGUGAGGGCAACCAGGGUUCUUGGUAACACUGGCUCGGGAGGAGCGACGAUAAAACACACGACAGCAGUGCCUUCUUUCGCUCAAGCUCACCCCGUGACGAUGCUGUUGGCCGGGACCUUUUCUUUUGUAUCCUGUGUGUGACCAUGAAUUGGAGCACGUACAGUAGUACCCGGCAGAAAAAUGCCACGAGCCCUGAGAUAAAGUGACGAC